AGAAAGAAAAAAACGGCCAAUUGAACCGGAAGAAUGAGAAAGGGCAAAACCGGUUUGAGCUUGUUAUAAUAGACUGGUUUUGCUUGUUAGGACUCAGUAGUCACACACUUCUCCUUCCGUUUGCUUCCGUUAGAUCUGAUCGCCAAGGUUUAUAAAGCCAGUCACUUUAUUAUACAAAAUGGGUCGUGGGAACAGCUGUGGUGGAGGUCAAAGCUCACUUAAUUAUCUCUUUGGCGGUGGCGGUGAUGCUCCUCCUCCUAAGGCCGCUCCAGCUCCCACUGCUGCGCCUGCACCAGCACCAGCAGCUGUGACAACAGCUACUACAACUACUACUGUUGAACCAGCAGUACAGAUCAACAAGGAGAUCCCUGCUGGUAUCAAAACUCCUGUCAACAACUACGCCCGAGCUGAAGGACAAAACACCGGAAACUUCCUCACUGACCGUCCUUCCACCAAGGUUCAUGCAGCUCCUGGAGGUGGAUCAUCUCUUGAUUAUCUCUUCACUGCUGGCAAGUAAAACCAACAUACAUACAUUGUGUGUGUCUAGUAAUGCAAAUUCGUAUCCAUUUUCUUUCUGUUUCUCAAUUUUUAAACUGUUUCAUAUCAUGAUGGUUUCUUGUCAACCCUCGUUUAUCUUUGUAAUAUUCUGCUGAAAAAAUGUUCAUAGCAUUUGAAUCAAAGACACUUCAUUCAA